UUGUUUUUAUUUUUUAUCAAUCACGUUUUCUCAACAAAUCAGGUAUUCUUUUCUUUUAAAGGUCAUAUUCGAGAUGUCUUCUAGUUAAACCCAUUGUUCAAUGAACUGAAAACUUUUUUCAGUAUCUUUUUCUCUCAAAACAAAAUUUGAUAAAAUGAAAUCGAACCGAAAGAUCAUUUUGCAAUCACAAUCAGUUGGUAAAUAAAAAUCAAAUCAAAAAAAGUAUGUGCUUAUGUUUGUCUCUUCUUUUUUCUUCCCAAUUUAGUUAGUGAAGGUCGACUGGUCACAAGACGCCACGUUUAUAAUAAAUAUAAAUAUAUGACGAGUAGAAAGAAAUGAAUGGAUGGAAUGACCAAUUGUUUCCCACGUAUUGACCCCUUAUCGUAUUAAUCAUGCCUUUUUAGAUGGUGGUAACAAAAAUAUGUUGUGUUGUAUGUAGAUCAUUUUUAGGAUACAUUACAUAACAUUCUGAUGUCAUUUCGAAACACAAAAGCAUUAUAUUUUAGAGGGCCGUGAAAAAAAAUUUGGAAUUUACAAUUAAUUUUUGAUGCUCUGCCCUGCUCUGCAAAAUUAAAAUGUUGCGUGAUCGAAAUUUUUUAUGAUGCUCAUUCUUUUAUCAAUUUAUUUCUCCUAGAUAGACAAAGGUUCAGAGAAGCACAUAAAAAAUUAUAUUUCUCUAUACAUAUAAUAUUUUAUCACUGACUCAUUGCAAGUACAAUCAGAUUACUGUAGUGCCCUUUUUGCUAAACAUAUCUAAUCUGAAAAUAAAAAUAAAAAGUUUUCAGAAUCCCGGAUGGCAGGAAAUCCGGAUUCCUUUUUCGAAAUAAUUGGAUAUUCAGCUAGCUGGAAUAGUUGGUUCUUUGAGCUCAAAAAAUCGAGAAAAAACUUCUUUCUAAUCCCAAAACAAGACUUUUCUCACAAAUCCCUCACAUGUUCAUUUAUUUUUUAUUUUGAAUGUGAGAUAUAUGUAUAUAGCAUACUGUAAUUUAUAUUUUUCAUUUUUCACACCCUGGGAAUCGUUGAACUUUUCUAUAAAAAAAAACCUUGUAUGUUUCAUAAAAUUGGCUUCGUUUAAACUUUGCGAGGCAACAAAUAAUUAUUUUUAUUUUUAUCACGGAAUUUUUGAUAAUAACAAGAAAACAAUAGUAUUUUAUUAUUAGAAUGACAUCAUUUUUGUUGUUUCGGGUAUAUGUUCGCACUUCCGAUAUAUCUUUUGAUUUAUCUCAUGACUCAUCUUGAUUUCUUUCAGAUUCUCGAUCCCGAAUUAUUGAUAGCGACUAGAGCGCCGGAUUAUCAUAGUGUUGUUGGUGAGGAUUUUUUUUUUUGGUUUUUUGGGAAAACGGAAAAAUUUUUGGGCUUAUUCAUCGGGAAUGAAGAGAACAAUAGGAAAAGUACACGUUCCCAGCCUUGGGUUUUAUAUAUUUUUAGUCUUGAGAAAAAAACCAUUUUUGUUGAAAUUGGAAGUUCAGUUUUGAAUCUGAAAAUUUUCUCAAAAGCUUCAUCAUUCCAUGAAAUGUCACCCUGUCUAUCAACAUUUCCCUUUGAGUUCUGACCUUUUAGUCUUUUCAAAAAAUGGAACAUUCCCAUAAAAAAGUGUAGAUCAAAUUUCCUACUUCAAACAAACAAGUAGUUGUUUGAAAAAAUAUGUAGUUCCUGAUCAAAAAUCCCAUUUUUCACCAUAGCUUCAUAAAUCUUUCAAAAACCCCAUCAAUUUAUUAAUAGAAUCAAAACAAAUUUGAUCUCUGAUAUUUUCAACCCAGAACUUUUUUUUUUCUGCUGUGUGAAUGAAACAAGAUGACAAAUUUUUCUCAUUUGUUCAUUUUUGUUUUGAGAAAGAAAGAACAGACCGAACAAAUAUAUCUGUCUGUUGUGGGCGAGAAAAAUGUUGCGCUUUUUCGAAAAAAACAUGUGGUUGAUAGAUCAAACUUUUUCUGAGUGCUGUUCGAAAAAAAUUCAAAGUUGAGAGGUGCCCUGGUUUACACAAACAGAACACUUGAAUGCUUGCUAAAAGUAACAUAAACCAAACAAACGCGACGCAAAAAUUUUAUUUUUAAACAGAUCGGUUUUUAGUUACUCAUCUUUCGAUACCAGUUCCUUCCUCAUUUCCGCGAGAAAGAGUUGAUUUAACUCCUCCGCCGCAAAACUUUUUUUUAUUUAUAAAUAACUUUGACCCUUGAUCAAUAGCGCGCUCUGCGCAUAGCGCAUACACACAUUUAUUCAAAAAAAAGAAAAAGCAAACAUUACUCUCUCUCUCUAGGCUCCUCUUCUGGCGCGAAAAACCUUUUUUUUCACUCUCUAACUUUUCUUUUUAUUUAUUUUCAUAUUUUCUCUGUUACUCGUUAAAAAACAUACAUAAAUAGGUGGAUAGUUCCAAAAAAAUCCUCUAUCUCGCUCCACCUCUUUUUCGAAAAAAUGAAGCUCCGCCCAUUUUCGGGGUUCGGUCAUUAUCGGCUCCGCCCACAUCGCAUACUUUCUAUAACUGCUCAUCGAACGUGUAUAUAUAUAUUUAGAUAAAAUAAAAUGUUCGUUGAAACAGUUUUUUUUCAUUUUUUUCACAAGUUAGUUACAUUACUUUCACUUUUCACUUUGACCCCUUAUCUUUUUUCAUUUAUAUUUUUUUCGAAAUACAUUUCAUUUCAUUUUAUUUUCAAAAAAAAAACUAAUUAGAUAAGGUUUUCUUUCUGGUAGGGAAUGGACUGGGUUUGGUUUCAAAAAAAAAUCAGCCCAACUUGUUUUCUUCUUGCUAUGCUAGCUGAUCGUUAAUCCAUGAAUCCUAUGAUUUUUCUCUUCUGUUGUGUUGUGUUGUGUCUCUUCUCUGGGGGGGGGGGGUAGGCAAAAAAAGAGGCUCGUUGGCACUCGCUAUUUUUUAUGUGUUCGUUUUUUUCUGGCCACCCAGAGUGUUUUUUUUUGUCUUUUUGUCGACCCAGAGAAUCAAUUUCUUUCUCUUUGCAGAAUCAUCUUCUACAAUGCUUUCCACCGAUUAUUUUCGCAAUAAUGUUCAGCCACUUGGAGUUAACACAAGUCUAAACCGACAUGAGGUUAGUUGAAUUUUCUUUUUAUUUUUCUUAGGAGAUUUUCUAGAAUAACAUUUACAAUUUUUUAGGAUUCCCGAUUUGGCUCAAGCUCAUUCGGAUCUUACGGUAACUCGCAAGAUCACGUGCCAGUCGAUCGGCCACUUUUUGUCAACACAUCAAUGUCGGCGUCGCAGCGAGUUGAUUUAUACCGACGCCUUUCUGACCCGCCAAAAGACAACGAGCCAGCUCUCACCUUCAACUACAGAGGUUAUUGA